UCUCGUUGUCCAGGUUGGGGCGAGAUAUCGAUAUAGUUCACCCUGGUUGAUUAGUAAAGAUCCUGUAUGAUUGUCCUUGUAUAAGUAUAGUAUGUACAAAGUGUAGCGGCAGCUGAAGGGGAGGGUCGACCUGUAUACUGCCUAGAGCCACUAUGAUCAGUAUUACUUCCUUCCUGCUCUGGGCGGAACACGUGGUCUUUACCCUGGUCAUCCUAUGGGCAGUCCAGACAGCGUUCCUACACGGACUCGGUGGACUAGUCGGUCAACUACUUCGGUUUUUGAAACUGACCGUUCCCGGGGUGGAUUCACUGAUUAAGUCCACGCUCCAGAAUGAGGUCCAGGGGUUCAUUAACCAGGUGAAGAGUGACCCCUCCCGAACCAGCGGGCAGACGCAGGCGGCCGCCAAGAGGAUUGUUGUGAUACCAAAAACAGGAAUUCCGCCAGCUGAACUGUUAAAGGAAAUGAACGCCAUGAAGGAGCGGGAGGUGGCUGUGAUGGAGGAAGGGAAGAUCUUCGCCUAUGUCUACACACAGGAGAACGACAAGCUGGAGCAAGUGCAGCUCGAGGCUUUCAACCUUUAUACUGAGCAACCCCAGCUCUCUACUCACCACGAUAAACUUGUGCUGGAGGCCCACCACGCUUUCCUACACGAGAACGCGCUCAGUCCCAUGGUGUUCCCCAGUCUACGAAAAUUUGAAACUGAAGUGAUAUCUAUGAGCGCCAAUAUGCUUCACGGGGAUGGUCACGUGGUCGGCUCUCUUACGUCAGGAGGCACGGAAAGCAUUCUUAUGGCGGUAAAAACGUACAGGGACAGGGCAAGGAAACUUUUCCCUCACAUCAAAGUUCCAAACAUGGUAGCGCCCGUCACUAUCCACCCGGCGUUCGUGAAGGCGGCCCAUUACUUCGGUCUGGAGCUGGUCACAGUGGCCGUGGACCAGGGAUCUCAGAGACCAGACAUGGCGGAGUAUGAACAGGCCAUCACUGCGCAGACGAUCGUCCUCCUGGCGUCUGCACCCCAGUACUGUCAUGGCGUCGUGGACCCUAUUCCUGAGAUCUCUGAGAUUGCCGUCAGACGCGGCCUACCUCUACAUGUUGACGCUUGUGUUGGAGGUUAUAUGUUGCCAUGGGUGGAAAAAUUGGGUUACCAGGUCCCAGCGUUCGACUUCCGGUUGCCUGGCGUGACGUCAAUGUCAGCUGACCUCCAUAAGUAUGGGUAUACUUUCAAGGGCGCCAGCGUGGUGCUGUACCGUAGUGAAGAGCUGAGGAAAUACCAGAUCUUCGCGUACUCAGGAUGGCCAGGAGGGUUGUUUGGGUCGCCGAGCAUGGCGGGAAGUCGUCCAGGUGGUACCAUCGCCGCGGCCUGGGCAGCUAUGAGGGUUUUAGGAGAGGACGGGUACACAGAUAUCGCCCGUCAACUGAUGAACGCUAGGGACAAAGUUCUGGACGCUGUGCGUAAUAUUCCUAGCCUGCAGGUGGUCGGUGAGCCAAAUAUGACUAUAUUUGCACUGAUGUCAGCAGAUUCUAAAUUUGAUAUUCUGGUCCUGGCAGAUAUCCUGGAGAAUAAAGGCUGGAAAAUAGAACGUCAGCAACUUCCAAAUUCUAUUCACUUCACGCUGAUGCCUCACCAUCUGAAUGUGCUGGACGGUUUCAUUGCAGACCUGAAGGCGGCGGCAGAGGAAGUGAAGGCAAACCCUGGCCAGUCAGCGGGCGGCACUGCAGCCAUGUACGGCAUGAUGGCCAAGAUUCCGGACAAAGGAAUUAUUGACGAUUUCAUCGUGGAGUUCUUCAGCGAGAUGUACAAGAAUUAACUGUCCAUAGCUUAGUGAUCUCUAAGAAAGCCCACUGCAUGAACGUUUUACGCUAUCUGGGCUAGAAAUGGGGGACCACGGCGAGCAUGAAGUCGUUGAUAUGUGAGGGGCACAAUGUAAAACUUCACACGUGGCUCGGUGUCUGAGCGCCUCUCACAUUCUGCAGUACAUUUAUCUGUACAGCAACGUCUUCAC